AGCUUUCUAAACAACCAUCGUAUUUUGGAGACGAGCCGGACCUCCUGUUCAAAAGCGCGCAGGGCCGGAAUAGUCUAUUUUCUACGUGUAACGGUGCUGCAGCCGCCUCCGCCGCCGCUCCAGCAACCGCUACCGCUGCCGCUACAGCUACCGCUAUUCCAUUAACAAAUAACGCAACAGCCAAAAUUAAUCUAGAAACCUCAUUAAAUGAUUGCGAAAGUGGCUACGUGCCAACGGUUGGCCGUUGGGGCGCCGAAUGGCCAAGUUGACUCGCCGAAGCCAGCCUGGUGCGAUGUGGCGCCGCCGCCGCAAGCACAACAGCUGUUGAAGCAGCUGUUGUUGUUGGCUCCGGCGCCGAUGCCGGUCCAUCGGCGGGUACGGUACGAGUUGGAUUGACUACGAACACCGUUCCUGUUCAAGAUAGACCACAAACCAACAACGGCCAACGAAUUGUUGUCGCCCAACAGCAGCAAUGCAACGUGGACAACGACAACAAGACGUGGUCGCCGGACAACCACCAUGAUGUUGAUGAAAGCCAUGUGGAUGAUGACAACGACACUGGUGGACGACGCGUUACAAAUGGUUACGAUGCAGUUGGUGCAGCCGCAGCAGCAGCCGAACCAACAACAGUUGACAACAAAAUUAAAAAUGUUGAGAACAACAUGGUGGAAGCUGUUGUGGCCGGUGCCAUUGCAUUUGACACCGAUACGAUUGGAAACCUUGACAAAGUGGAUAAUGUGACAUCGAGUGCAUCAAUGGAACGCUGCUCGAACAUACGUAAACUACUUGAGGAGCAGCAUCGCAAAUGGUGGCGCAACCAAAUGCACGGCCAACAAGAGUGGUGGGCCGAUGAGGAUAGCUACAAUUUAACUGCAUUCAAUCAAAUCAAUGGAAUCUGGCCACUGGGACAUCCGUUGCCUUUGCCCGAUUGGGCAGCCGGUUGUGAUGAUGAAUACGCCAAAGGCGUAUUGCAUUUCGAUUCGGUUUGGGAAUAUGAAGAUCUAAAUGCGAUUAUUGAGACGAAAUUACAUCGUAUGCUCGAGGAGACACAUUACGAUACCGUCAAUUUAUUUGUGGACUUUUAUCGCGCCUUCAAGCGCACACGUCGCUCGGAUCUCAAGUCGUUCUUCCAAUUCUACGACUUGCCCAUAAACAGGCGUCAUCACAUGUGCGUCUCAUUGGCUAUGGAGAUAAUGACACGCAUCAUUGAGAUCUUUCCAGUGCUACAGCAUUAUUUAUAUUUAGUUUCGUGCGAAGAACAGGUCAUGUCGCAAAGUGACUACAUUGAAAGCACCGAUGAAGUGGGUGGUUUGAACUCGCCACAUGCCAACGUCGAAAAGGAACACGCUAUGGUUGCUAUGAAGAUAUCAAUUGCCGGACGUGAAGGUGUUAUGAUAUUGGAUCCCGGUUAUCACAUUGGACGUGCUGUUACCGUGAUGUCCGACCAAAUGUACCCACAUACAGGUUGGUUCACACAGUCGAAAGAACCGCGUCUGCAACGUGACUACUGCUACAACUAUUGUCUGCAAAACAAGAAGUUCGUUGAAUGGAUGGAACGUGAAACACGCGGCGAUGAACAAUCCUUCAAAUCAUCACUCAUCUACGUCGAACAGCCCUAUGUGACGGCGAUCGAUGUGACUGUGCGUCGCAAUCUGGUGUAUAACUUCCGCUCGUUGUUGUCGCGUGACGCCAAAGGACGUGUGUUCGCGGGUAUUUACCUACCGGUCGUGCCAAACUGCAAUGAGUCACACUUCACCCUCUUCUACGAUGGACCAAAUGAUCAGCGCAUAAAAGUGAAAUUCAUGUUCAAUGUUUUCAAGAACCCUGGAAAGAUUCCGGAUAAUGUGCAGCAACAUUUGUGCAAAUUGGCCCCGCAGUUAAAUAUGAAAGAGAAGGAGCUCAGCGAACUCUGUAAAUCCUUAGCCGAUGUCAUCAACGAUCAAGAUUUCAUACAACAAUUAUUGUCCAUUAAUGAGGAUAUCGGCGUUAUGUCAGCUGAAAAUUGACAAUUAAAGGAUAAAAAGGUCGAUGCUAACCUAAAAGGUGUGGAAGAACACAAAUCACCUAACGAAAAUGGCACGACUGCAAUAACAACGUCAACAGUGGGCGGACAUUCGGGUGACAGCUCGACAUAAACUUAGAUAUUUUCUCUGCAACUUAAUUAUUCCUCAUUUCACACUUAUAAAAAGUUAAAGUAGAACAAAAAUAACAAAAAAAAAACAUAUAUAA